UUUCUACUUAAUAGCUUCUAUUACUUAACGCUAUUAAUUAUUACUACUACUACUACUACUACACAGCUGUUACCGCUAGGUGCACCGUCUCUCUGCUUACCACCCACACCAUAAACUAGAACUACUACCACCACCAACUAGCUGCACCGACCUCCAACGCUACUCCUUUACCUACGGCACCAUGAAGUUCCAGCUGCUGGGUUUUCUCUGCUUCCUGCUGUUUUCACCGGCAUUUGCUGUGUAUUAUCACGCAGAUGGAACGAAACCUCAAUGUUUUAUUAAGGAUCUCCCCCGUAAUCUCGUUGUGAGCGGUAAAAUUAAGGCAGAAAUUUGGAAAGACGAUUUGAAUGCUUGGGCCGUUAGUUCUGACCAAAAGGUCCGCGCUUAUGUAGAGGAGGAAUUUGAAAAUAAUCACAUUUCCUACGACCGUAAAUUGAGUUCCGAUUCGAAAUUCAGUUUCACUACAAAUGGUGCCGGUAACCACAAGAUCUGCUUUGCUCCUGUUAGUAGCGGUUGGUUCUCGAAUCGUAAAAUUCGCAUCCAUGUGGACCUUGACUCGGCUUCGACUGCAAAGUUAAUCGCUUCCUCUGAAGACGAAGAACAAGAUUUGACUCAGCGUAUUGAGGCAUUGAAUGAGCGUCUGAAGGAAAUUCGUCAAGAGCAAGUUCAGCAACGUGCACGUGAGGCUGUUUUCCGUAACACAAGUGAGAAGGCAAACUCUAGAGCGGUUAAGUGGACGAUCAUCCAAAUUGUCGUUCUUGUCAUUACGUGUAUUUGGCAAUUGUCUCAUCUCCAGAGUUUCUUUGUCAAGGAAAAACUCGUCUAAGCAUGCAUUCAUUACAUCGCGUGUACUAGUCUAAUGAUUAAUCAAUACGAACAAGCAUCUCUUGGACUCCAGUCGGUGGUUCUAGCAAGGACUGGUUGUAAUAUUGCGGUUUUUUCAUUCAUUCGCUUAAAGAGAAAAAUAUUGUGACCGAGAAUUUAAGUUGCAAAAUAUUGGUGUCUGUGGUAUGAAUAGACGUUCCCAGAUACUCAAAAAUAUUAAUAUCGGAAGAUGCUUGGGUGGACGUGGCAAGGGAGUUUCAGCUUCUGUAACAAUUGAUGAUCGUGCUAGAGGUGACAGUAG